AUGGCAUUCCUCCGCCAGACAUGGACCCUCACGUACAAGAACCUCCUCAUAGUAUUCGUCCGACACUGGUUCGCGACUACUCUCCGAGCGUUUUUCUUGCCCAUACUGUUUAUGUUCUUCAUUUCCUACGCUAAGAAUUUCUUCGUACCCCCUUCAGACUUCGGCAUUGGGACCCCGGUCCCAAUACGGAGUCUGGACAAUGCGCUGGCCGCUGCUCAAGGAGGCAGGGACACUGUAGUUUUCAUCAACAAUGGUCACACUGGCGGGCAAAUUGAAGAUGUGAUCAGCUCCGUGUCAUCGCUUGUAACAAGGGCUGGAAAGAAAGUACGAGUCGCCGAAACAGACGAAGAGCUCUUCACGAUCUGCCCAAGCUCUUUGCGUGGAGUCAGCACCUGCUAUGGCGCCGCAAGCUUCCAUGCAUCGCCUACCGAAGGCGGAGAUGGAAUGUGGAAUUACACACUCAGAGCAGACGGCAAUCUUGGGGAACGGAUAUUUGUCAAUCGUCAUGAUAACGACGCUGAGCUCUAUAUCCUGCCUUUUCAGCACGCUAUCGACACCGCAAUUGCGUCCUUGAACCAGACAGAAUUGCCUCAAGCGAUCGACGAAUACCCAUUCACAUUACUGACUGCCCAUGAGCGCGAUGUGGAAGUACGGCACUUGUAUAUGGCGGCGCUGAUCGAUAUCCUUGCUGUGGCAUUUUUCAUUGGCAUCUGCGGAGUUACAUACCAACUUACAGGACAGAUGGCGUCUGAGCGAGAGCUUGGUAUCUCUCAAUUGAUCGAAGCUAUGACUCCAGCUUCGAAGGGUUGGCAUACGCAGGCAGCGCGCCUGCUUUCCAACCAUCUCGCUUUCGAUAUCAUCUAUCUUCCAGGUUGGAUCAUAAUGUCUAUUAUAAUGCAACGGUUGGCAUUUCCAACAACAUCGGUCGCAAUACCCAUCUUCUACCAUAUCUUGGCUGGCCUUUCCCUCUCUAGCUUCUCGAUAUUUGGCGCUAGCUUCUUUCACAAAGCUCAAUUAUCCGGGAUUACUAUUACGAUCGCGUCAAUAGUCCUCGCCAUCAUCGCGCAAGUCGCCGGACCCUACAGCACUGGCGCAGUUGCGGUCAUGAGUCUACUAUUCCCGCCGAUGAACUACACAUUCUUCAUCAUCUACAUGGCCCAUUUCGAAAAGGUUUCUCGCGCUACGAAUCUCGUCAAAGGCGCUCCGAACAGCCCUUGGCACCUUCCCGGGAUCGCCCUCUGGGUCUUCCUUAUCAUCCAGAUCAUGCUAUACCCCGUGCUAGGCGCAUUUGUCGAGAGAUGGCUGUAUGGGACCGCAUCCAAGGAUCGCAAGAUGGCCAUUUCCUCGCCAGAUAAUCAAAAUGCUAUCGAACUAACUAAUUUUUCUAAGCAUUUCCAACCGAGUUGGUUCCGACGCCUGGUACUGUCGAGAAUUGGAAUCAAGACGAAGAACACGGUGUAUGCCGUCAACGACGUAAGUUGGUCCGCUCGCCGAGGUCAGAUCAUGGUGCUCUUGGGUGCAAACGGAAGCGGGAAAUCUACGACGCUUGAUGCGAUCUCCGGCCUCAACAGCAUCACCAGCGGCUCUAUCGAGCUGGACGGGACCGGAGGACUCGGCCUUUGUCCGCAGAAGAAUGUGCUCUGGGACGAGCUUACUGUCUUUGAACACGUCAAGAUUUUCAACCGGUUGAAAUCUAUGGACGCGGCCGAUGGGAAAUUUCAGGUCGAGGACCUUGUCAAGGCAUGCGAUCUCGGUCAUAAGCUCAAGGCAAAGUCGGAAACGCUUUCCGGAGGACAAAAAAGGAAAUUGCAGCUUGCUAUGAUGUUUACGGGUGGGAGUAGAGUGUGUUGCGUUGAUGAGGUCUCCUCCGGACUCGAUCCUUUGUCUCGGAGGAAGAUUUGGGACAUUUUACUCGCGGAACGAGGCCUCCGGACACUUCUUCUCACGACGCAUUUCCUCGACGAAGCUGACAUUUUGUCUGAUCACAUCGUCGUGCUUUCGAAGGGCCAUCUGAAAGCGGAAGGUUCAGCGGUCGAGUUGAAGCAUCACCAUGGCGGCGGGUACCGAGUAACUCUACCAGCAAAUCUCGAGUACACCGCUACUGAAGAGUUUGAGGACAUUCCGAUACAAACGUCCUAUGACCAGACUACGUUCCUACCGAAAGACUCUGCCGAGACAUCUCGACUCGUGAAUACUUUUGAAAGACAGGGAAUUCAAGGCUACGACAUCAGUGGGCCUACGCUCGAAAAUGUAUUCCUCAAUCUGGCCGAAGAGGUCAGAGAAGACGAACCCGAUACGCCUACCAUACUUCGAUCUGAUCCGUCGCGUAAGGACCUAGAUGGAGUACCUAUCCUGGACGGGUCGUCACAAGAUGAAAAGGGACCUCAGAUGUCGACCGGAAAGGGAACUACUAUGCCCCAGCAGACUUGGAUCUUGUUCAUGAAGAGGAUCGCUAUUCUUCGUCGCAACUACCUCCCUUACGUCGUCGCGGUUCUCAUUCCAAUAAUUACUGCUGGACUUGUGACAUUGUUCAUUAGUAAUUUCUCUGCCGUAGGCUGCGAGCCGGGCGCACAGUCCACAACCCCCAGGGUCUUCUCUCUAAACACCAAGCACGGCACGGCUUUCAUCCCACUCGGACCUCCGUCUCUGGUCCCAAUUGAUGAAAUAGUCAAGAGGUCAGGCCAGAAUGCGUCCGCUUUCCACCUGCUCGACACCGUUGAAGACUUCCAAGACUUCAUCGCGACUCAUUACCACAACGUCACGCCCGGCGGCUUUUUCCUUUCUGAUGCUGUUGGCGAGAAUCCUCUCAUUGCUUACCUAGGAAAUAGCGACAUCGUCGAUGCUAUGGUAGCGCAGAACGCACUCUCGAGUGUCCUCACCCAAAUCUCAAUCAAUACGGCGUAUCAAAGUUUUGCGGUUCCUUUUGCUCCGGGUGCUGGACAGACGCUCCAGCUGAUUUUGUAUUUCGGCUUAGCGAUGGCGGCUUACCCGGGAUUCUUUGCGUUGUAUCCUACCGUGGAGCGGCUAAGGAAAGUGAGGGCGCUGCAUUAUAGCAAUGGCAUCCGAGCUGCUCCUCUUUGGAUGGCGUAUUUGGCCUUUGACUUUAUGUUCGUGCUGUUUAUCAGCGCGAUUGUAACUGGGAUAUUCGUAGGAGCAUCUAGUGCGUGGUAUGCACCAGGCUACCUCUUUGUGGUCUUCUUUCUUUACGGACUCGCCUCGAUUUUGAUCGCAUACGUGGUUUCGCUCUUCGUCACUUCUCAAUUGGCCGCGUUCGCUUUCGCUGCUGGAGGUCAAGCGGUCUUCUACCUUAUCUAUUUCAUAAUGUACAUGUGCAUCCUUACCUACUCCCCUGCAAACCGAAUCAACCACGAACUCACCCUCUCCCACUUCAUCCUCGCCACCAUCACCCCCGCCGGCAACCUCCUCCGCAGCAUGCUCCUCGCCCUCAACGAGUUCUCCCUCCUCUGCCGCGGCCAAGAAGUCGCCUCCUACCCCGGCGCGAUAACCGUCUACGGCGGCCCAAUCCUCUACCUCAUCCUCCAAUCCCUCGUCCUCCUAACCUUCCUCAUCUGGUACGACUCGGGCUACAAACCCGCCCUCCUCACCCUCCUCUCCCGCCACCGCCUCCCCCACCCCGAAGAAACCCACCCCCUCCCGCCAGACGUCGCCUUCGAAACCACCGCCACCGAGCGCUCCACCCCCGCCGGCCUGCGCGUCCUGCACCUCUCCAAAUCCUUCGCCGGCGUCCCCGCCGUCGCCGACCUUUCCUUCUCCAUCCCCCACGGCGCCGUCUUCGCCCUGCUCGGCCCCAACGGCGCGGGCAAGAGCACGACUAUCUCCCUCAUCCGCGGCGACCUCCGCCCCGCGCACCACGGCGGCGGCGACGUCCUCAUCGAGGACACAUCGAUCAUAUCGCAUAGAGCGGCCGCGAGGGCGAAGCUGGGCGUGUGUCCGCAGUUCGACGCCAUGGACGCCAUGACGACGGCCGAGCAUCUGCGCUUCUACGCCCGCGUGAGGGGCGUCGGGGACGUCGCGCGCAAUGUGGAGGCUGUGAUGGCGGCGGUGGGGCUGACGCCGUUCGCGGCCCGGAUCGCGAGCGCGUUGUCAGGCGGGAAUAAGCGCAAACUCUCCCUCGCUAUCGCGCUCAUGGGGAACCCGUCCGUGCUGUUGCUCGACGAGCCGAGUUCGGGCAUGGACGCGGCCGCGAAGAGGGUCAUGUGGAAGACGCUGCUGGGGGUUGCGGCGCCGGGCAGGGCGCUGCUGAUUACGACGCAUAGUAUGGAGGAGGCGGAUCGGUUGGCGACACGGGUCGGGAUUAUGAAGGGGAGGAUGCUGGCGGUGGGGAGUGCGGGGGCGUUGAGGGGCAGGUGGGGGGGCGAGUGGGGGGUGCAUUUGUGUUUGGGGAGUGCGCCGGGGACGACGAGGGAGGAGAUGGAUAAGGUGAGACGGUGGAUACGGGAGAAUGUGAGGGGGGCGGUGGUGGAGGACGAGGAUGUGGAGGAGGGGAGGCAAAAGAGGGUGGGCAGGGAGGAGUGGGGCGGGCAUGGGCAGUUGCGGUUUCGGGUUGUGCAAGCCGCGUACACACACCCACCUCCUUCGACUCUACGAGACGAAGGCGAGAAGGAGACUGAUUCCGAGAUCGCCGAGAGCGUUGACGAAGUCGAUGAAGAUGCCAGAUCCGGAAAUGGACCUCCGCCGGGAAUAGCGUCGCUCUUCGCGCUCCUGGAAGCGAACAAGGAGGAGCUGGGGUUCGAGUACUACUCCAUCUCGCCGACGACACUGGAUCAGGUGUUCUUGCGGAUUGUGGGGAAGGAGGAGCAGGAUGAGGGGAAGCAGGAGCUUAGGGCUGGGAAGAAGGGGAGGGGGUGGAGGGUUUGGAGGAGGUGA